CGUCCUUUUCACCCACAAUCAAAAUGACAAAGACCAUUCUAGUCGUCGGUGCCACCGGCAAGCAGGGCGGCAGUGUCGUUAAUGCCCUGCUCAGCCAAGAAGCAGGUGUUGAGAUUCUCGCCUUGACCCGUGACCCCAGCUCCAACAGCGCGCAGCGACUCGUCAAAAAGUCGGACAAAAUCAAAGUCAUUGGGGGAAAUCUUGAUGACGCCGAUGCCAUCUUCCGGAAUGCUCAGAAGGCCACUUCGCAACCUAUUUGGGGAGUAUUCAGUGUGACGACCGUCGUCCCCGGUAGUUCUACGCAUGACGCCGAAGAGAAACAGGGCAACAACUUAGUCGACGCUGCUCUGAAGAACAAUGUCAAGUACUUCGUCUACACCUCUGUUGAUCGCGGUGGUGAUGCCUCCUUUGACCAGCCGACCCGCAUUCCUCAUUUCAUCACCAAACACAACGUCGAACACCACCUCGUCAACAAGGCCAAAGGCACCGACAUGGAAUGGACCAUUCUCCGCCCAACAGCCUUCUUCGACAACUUCACGCCCGACUUCUUCGGAAAGGUGUUUACCACGUGCUGGAAGAUCUCCGUUCGGGAUAAGCCGUUGCAGCUGAUUACUGCUUCGGAUAUCGGGUAUUUCGGUGCCCAGGCGUUUCUGAAUCCGGAGGAGUAUAGUGGGAAGUGCGUCUCGUUGGCUGGGGACAGUCUGACUUUUGAGGAGAUGGCGAGGAUCUUCAAGCAAAAGACAGGGAAGAAUGUUCCCAUGACGUUUGGCAUUGUCGGCCGCUUAAUCAUGUGGAUGAUGAAGGACAUGGGCUAUAUGUUUCAGUGGUUUCAUGAUUCCGGGUAUGACGCUGACAUUCCGGCCCUGAAGCGGGCUCAUCCGGGUCUCAAGGACUUUGGUGCUUGGUUGGAGACGGAGAGUGGGUUUAUGAAGGCGUGAUACCUUUUUUUUCAUUUCAUCCAAUAUUUCGGUUCUUUGUACAUUAUUAAAUACUUAAUACUUUUACAAUUGCCAUAUU